AUUUUUCGCGUUUUCCAUUAAAAAUCAUCGGAGAUUGCUACAUAAUCGACUGAAAGUAAACUGGUGACAAUGCGGCUUUAAGUCUCAGGAUUUUGAGGUGGCCCUAAGAAAUGAGUCUUUUUACUAGGCUUUUACAAAAAAAUUAUCUCAUUGACUAUCAUCUUCAAAGUUUAGCAGGGGGGACGUUAGGGUUUGUCGAAUUAAGGCAUUGGCCCUUUUUUGUACGAUAUUGCAGUAAAAGAGCAAAAAAUAUGUGGUGAUGUGGUAUUUCAAACACUGCGAGGUGCAAGAUUUUGUUUUUAAACAGUGGUUUUGCAGUAAAAAAUUUAAAUAUUGCGGUGUUGCAGUUCUAAUUAGUCCUCCUCGGGAUUUAUCGGUGGUACAGGAUGAUCUAGCAGGAAACCUGAGGAAUAUCGGGGUGCCAUGGAUGCUCUUCAAAACCUCCCCCUUCUGUGCGAUAUGCAAUAUUUCCUGUAUUUUUUUGUAGUAUUGUAGUAUUUGCAAACAUUUUGUGCGUUUUUGCGGUAGUUAGACCUCCCCAACGUCCCCCCUCCCUAGCAGGACACAUGACAUAAAAUGAAACCUCAGAAAGUAUUUUUUUUUUAUCACUAGAUGAGAUGCCCACAGACUUUUCUAUGCCCAAAAUUACCCUGGCACAGUUUUUAACCCCCAAAAUACUGAGUAUGACAAAUCAAUUUCAGUUGGAAUCUCUUGGCCUCCCCUGUCAUGGUUGUAUUUUGUUCAGGUGUUUUUUCCAUGUGUAAUGUCUCUGGAUUAACUCUUCUCUGAUUUCUUGUUUUUGCUCCAGGAACCAGAGGUGUGACUCCUCUCUGCUCUUUCUCUGUGUAUGUGUCUUGGCUGCCUUCUCCACGCCUCACCACACUUCCUAUCUGGCCCCUACCGUCCAGAAAAUCUUGCUCUGGUAUACGAAGACCAACAGCUCUGUACACAGAACACGACUAGCCUUGAUAAGUUUUGCCAGUCAGGUGAUGGCUCUGCCUGGUACUACAUGUUUAUCUUCUUCCUGGCUGAAGUAAUGAUCUCUGCGGGCGGUGCUCCAACUGUUCCUUUGGGCCAGACCUACCUAGAUGAGAAUACACACCCAAAGGACUUCCCCGUUUACUUAGGAGUGUUCUUGACAUUGACGGCUCUAGGCGUCGGGGUGGGCCAGGUACUUGGGGGCCUUCUUCUUGGAAUUUAUGUUGACAUUGAAUUGCCCAAUGAUCUUCGCCACAUGACUCCCGAUGACCCCCGCUGGGUGGGGGCGUGGUGGCUGGGGUACUUCUGUGGGGGGAUCGUGACCCUCAUCAUCGCCUUUGCCAUCAGCGGCUUCACUGCUGUUCUCCCUGGCUCCCGUGAGCGCCGAGAGGAAUUCAUUCUUAAAGGGGACAUUCCAACAUGGGACGGCAUGCAUGGUACAGUCAAGGAGAUCGCCCCCUCCACCAAGUCCUUACUGAGAAACCCCACCUUCAUGCUCAAUUCUUUGGCUGUCUGGGUUGGUGUGUUUUUUCUCAGUGGGGUGGCCCCGUUCGCGUUCAAGUACGUGACGUUCAAGUUCGGGAUCUCGCCGAGUACAAUCACGAGUGGCGUCGGAGUGCCGAGCGUCUUCGUUACUUUAGGUGGUAUUAUAGGGGGCAGUCUUCUUGUCCGUCGACUGAAAUUAAAGGACGCGUGCCGCGGGUCGGCCAAGAUGUGUAUGGUGUUAUCAAUAGUCGGCUUAAUCGCCAUUCCUGCAUUCUACAUUCCCGGAUGUUCGACACUGGAGUUCGCGGGGGUUAACGUUCCAUACAAUGACAGCUCAGAGAUGGAUUCAAGUCUAACAGCGCCUUGUAACCAGAACUGCAGCUGUCUCCGCUCCAACUACAAUCCCGUCUGCGGUGUAAACGGCAUCAUGUACUUUGCGCCUUGCCAGGCCGGUUGUACUACAAAGCUAGACACACAGACAUUUACUAACUGUAGCUGUGUCUCAACUGGCCCUAGUGCUCUACCAAGUGGCACGCCAAUGGCAAAGGAGGGAUAUUGUGACAGGAAGUGCAAAAAUUUUUAUCUCUUUGUCAUAAGUUUGGGCGUCACCAUACUUAUCUUCGGUGUAGCUCUUACUCCAGUGAGAACGGUGCUUAUAAGAUGUGUUCCGGAGAACCAGCGCGCGUACGCCUUGGGCUUCCAAGUGGUCUUCCUAAAACUGUUCGCCUUUCUUCCCGCUCCCCUGAUAUUUGGGGCGUUCUUCGACAGACACUGCGUGCUAUGGGAAGAUAGCUGCGAGGGAAGGGGGAGCUGUUUGUAUUACGAGAUGAAUGCACUUGACACCUGGUUACAGACCACCUCUACCAUAGCAUCAGCGUGCGGCGCGUUCUUCUUUUUCCUAUCCUGGAAGCUGUAUAAGGCUCCCCCCACACAACACACAUUAAUGACGACAGUGACACGGUCCACAGAGGAUUUUAAAGACGGGGAGACAAUCCCCCUCACGUCAAUGACGACGAGCGAGAAAUGUGAGGGUAGUGUUUCCAGCGAGAAGCAAGAAGAAUUUCCAACAUCAAACUGAUUGGGAACGGAUUAUAUUUUACUGCUAGCAAAGACCUCUUUUCCUUGUAGCCCAGCGAAAGAACAGAGGCCUCUGCUAGCUUGAAAGGAUCAUAUAACAUGAUGGAGUUUUUUUGGGUGUGUCUUGUGAACGAUGUUUGUAAAUAUUGCUUGAUUUGACUUAUAUGCAUGCAUGACCUUUUUUUGCUACUCAACGUACUAUUUCUAUUGUCUUUGGAGAUCUAGGGCGUAUUGAAUGGUGUACUCACAGGCUCACAGGGCAGGGAUUGGGCAAAAUAGUGAGGAUUUAUUUCUUGAGCCGGUCUUCUUGUGAUUAUGACACGAAAUGAUUUUUUUAGAUUAAAAUCUGCCCUCCUGUGACAAGUUGAUUUGAAUGUUCAGGAAGAAGUUUAAAUUGAAGAGUAUUGUUAAAUAACGUAAAGGCGACUCUGACUAGAAAUAUGAAAAAAGGGAAAAUUGUAAAGUAAAGAUAAAGUAUAUUUAUGGCAAGCCAUUAUACUUUUUAGAAGACUUGAACAAGUACCAAAAGAUGAUAGUUUUAUAUCGUCAAUAUAUUUACAAAAAAGCUUUUAUAUAAACAUUUUCAAAUUGCUAAAUUGAAUAACAAAAAUUGUUGUCUAAAAUUAAAAAAAAUAUAUGCUAUGAUGUUAGAUAAGUGAUUUAUUUCAAUAAAGAUUUGUACUAUUAGUAA